AUGAAUUCGAAUACACUUAGCUUCAAAGACAGAGUCGUUGUGAUCACAGGAUCAGGGGGUGGUUUGGGAAGGGUUUAUGCUAUUGAAUAUGCUAAAAGAGGCGCAAAAGUAGUGGUCAACGAUCUUGGUGGUUCUCUUAAGGGUGAGGGCCAUAAUUCCCGGGCGGCGGACAUUGUUGUUUCUGAAAUACGCGAAAAGUAUAAGGGUACCGCAGUUGCUAACUAUGACUCUGUUACUGACAACGCCGAAAGUAUUAUCAGGACAGCUAUUAGCAACUUCGGCAGAAUAGACAUCGUGGUGAAUAAUGCAGGAAUCUUAAGGGACUCUAGUUUCGCAAAGAUGAGUGAAGCGUCAUUUGCUUCGGUGAUCGAUGUGCACUUGAAUGGCGCUUACAAGUUAUGUAAAGCUGCGUGGCCCUAUAUGCGCAAACAAAAGUUCGGCAGAAUCGUAAAUACCUGUUCACCUGCAGGCCUAUAUGGGAAUUUUGGACAGGCGAAUUAUUCUGCAGCGAAGUUAGGCCUUGUAGGUUUCGCGGAAACCUUGGCCAAAGAAGGUUAUAGGUACAACAUCAGAGUAAAUUGCAUUGUUCCACUUGCCAGGUCACGCAUGACAGAACGCAUAAUACCCCCACAUAUUUUGAAACAACUUGCACCGGAAAAGAUCGCGCCUAUGGUUCUUUAUCUCACUCAUGAGGACACUGAUGCGACCAAUGUUAUAAUUGAGCUUGCGGCCGGUUUUUACAGUCAAGUAAGGUGGGAGAGAUCUUCGGGUCAGAUUUUCAAUCCAAGUCCAAAGAGUUACACUUCAGAGGCUAUUUUGAAUAAAUGGGAUUCGAUUGUAGACUAUCGCGAUAAACCAUUUAACAAAACUCAACAUCCAGUGCAAUUAUCGGAUUAUAAUUAUUUAAUCCAGAAAGCAAGAGAGCUUCCACCUAAUGACCAGGGUUCAACUUCAAUUGAGUCUUUAAAGGGGAAAUCUGUGAUUGUCACAGGUGCAGGAGGGGGACUUGGCAGAUCCCACGCGAUCUAUUUUGCAAAGUAUGGAGCUAAAGUGGUUGUAAAUGAUAUAAAAUCGCCAGACCAUGUUGUGAAUGAGAUUAAUGAGCUUUAUGGCCCGGGAAGUGCCGUUCCUGACAAGCAUGAUGUUGUUAAACAAUCAGAGGAGAUCGUGAAAACCUGCCUGGAGGCCUUUGGACGCGUUGAUGUGUUAGUCAAUAAUGCAGGCGUCUUGAGAGAUAGGUCUUUCAUAAAAAUGACUGACGAGGAAUGGGAUAUCGUUGAGAAGGUUCAUUUAUUCUCGACAUUUGGCCUUUGCAAGGCUGUUUGGCCAAUAUUCGUCCGUCAAAAGAGUGGCACGAUUAUUAAUACCACUUCGACGUCCGGAAUUUAUGGUAAUUUUGGACAAGCAAACUAUGCGGCUGCUAAAGCGGCAAUUUUAGGUUUUUCAAAAACCUUGGCAAUUGAAGGCUCCAAAUUUGGUAUUAAGAUAAAUAUUGUUGCGCCUCAUGCAGAAACUGCAAUGACGAAAACUAUUUUUUCAGAGAAGGAGCUCGGAAAUCAUUUUGAUCCUUCUCAAGUUUCUCCAUUCUUCGUCUUAUUGGCUUCUGAUGAGCUAGAUAAGAAGGUUGGUCGGUCCGUGACAGGGGAGUUGUUUGAAGUUGGCGGGGGCUGGUGUGGACAAACGAGGUGGCAAAGAAGUAAGGGUGUUGUCAGUCUUCAACCCUCCCCAGAAUACAUUCGCGAUAAUUGGAAGCAGAUCACUGACUUUACUCGUUCAACCAAUCCAAGCACCACACAGAAUUCAUCAAUGUCAAUUUUACAGGCUGUUUCGCAGGCUGCAGAGACAGCCAAGUCGCAAGACUUGUUCAAGUACACGGAAAGAGACUCGAUCCUUUAUAAUAUUGGAUUAGGUUGUUCUAGCAAGGAGCUUAAGUACACGUAUGAGAACGAUCCUCAGUUUCAAGUUUUGCCAACUUUUGGAGUGAUUCCAUUUAUGACAAGCGGAAAUUCCAUUAAAAUGGAUUCUUUAGUUGAUGACUUCAAUUAUCAAUUUUUAUUGCAUGGCGAACAAUAUUUUAAGUUAAACCAAUACCCUCUUCCUACCAAAGGGGUAUUGAAAACUAUCGCUAGGCCUAUUCAAGUUGCAGACAAGAAUGGUAAAGCGGCUGUGAUUGUCGGUGGCUACGAGACUAUUGAUGCUAAAUCAAAGAAACCAUUAGUCUACAAUGAGGCAACAUUCUUCAUACGUGGUGCACACGCCCCUGAAGGCAAACAAAUUAAUAAACCAAGAGCUAAAUUUGCAGUGCAAGCAUUUAAAGCACCAGACAGGCAACCAGAUUUCGCUCUGGAAGUAUUGUCUGGUAAGGACCAAGCUUCAAUUUAUAGGCUCUCCGGUGAUUACAAUCCCCUACAUAUCGAUCCCAAAAUUGCCAAGCUUGCAAAAUUUCCAAGGCCAAUAUUGCACGGAUUAUGUACCUUAGGGAUGAGUGGCAAAGCUCUCUUUGAGCAUUUCGGCCAAUUCGAUGAAUUGAAAGCCCGUUUUACAAAUGUGGUUUACCCUGGAGAUAGGCUGCUGGUAAGGGCCUGGAAGCAACCUCAGGGAAUAGUUAUUUUCCAGACCAUAGAUCUAGAUCAAAAGUAUGUCGUGCUUGAUAACGCUGCUGUCAAGUUGGUUGGUGCAAAUCCGAAGAUGUAA